AACCAGCUCUUUUAAAAGAGUUUUACCACUCUAUCAAACAGACCCUUUUGCCUUCUUAAUUCUCUUUUUUCCCUUCCAAAUCUCCCCCCAUCUCAAACAUCUUCCCACCUUUGCUGGAUACAAGGAGAAAUUAAAGCUCUUCUUUUUCCAUCUCUCGAGCUCCCUCGCCCCAUGACUCCUCCUCUUCCUUUUGAGCUUAACGAAGAUCAACCUCACCAACCCUUUACUGCAGAACCUCAAGUUUCUUCUUUAUCUUCUUCUUUUUCAAACCCUAUUUUCUUUGACCAUGCUCAAGAUCAAGGAGGAGGUAAUUACUCUAGGGAAUUGAAGCAGCUCCUAAAUGAUCAAGAUCAGGCUGAUGCACUUGUUUCGCAUCGCGGGUCGUGUGAUCAUCUAACACUAAAGAAUCAAAGUGAGAAGGGGCUGAAAUUAAGUGUUUGGAAUAACAAAGAGAAUAAAAAUGAAGAACAAAGCGAGGCAAGUUCGGUUAAGUGGAUGCCUUCAAAGCUGAGAAUGAUGAGGAAGAUGAUAAGUACUUCAGAGGGAAGUGGUGUGGAUCAUAGACCACUUAACUCUGCGCAAAAGUUUGAUGAUCAGAAGCGACGAAUGCCUCCUUCUGAGGCUGAUAACAACAGCAACAACAAUUCUUUGAACAUUAAUAGCAACAUCGCAAUUAGAGUUUGUGCUGAUUGUAACACAACCAAGACUCCUCUUUGGAGGAGUGGUCCGAGAGGCCCUAAGUCGCUUUGCAACGCAUGUGGGAUUCGGCAAAGGAAGGCAAGACGGGCAAUGGCGGCGGCAGCAGCCGCAGCAAACGGCACGAUUCUUGCAGCAAACCCUCCAUCUAUGAAGAGUAGUAAGGUGCAACACAGCAAGGAAAAGAGAUCCAGCAAUGGCUAUGUUCCAAAAUUCAAGAAAAAGUGCCAGACCCCAAUAUCUCAUGGCAGAAAGAAACUUUGUUUCGAGGACUUCACAAUUAGCUUGAGUAAAAAUUCAGCCUUUCAACGAGUUUUCCCUCAAGAUGAGAAGGAAGCUGCGAUCUUGCUCAUGGCUCUAUCUUAUGGCCUUGUUCAUGGUUGACUUCUCAACAUAUGAUCAUAUCUAUCCAUAUCUCUUCCAGUUUUAGAUUAUUUUCUUAGAACUAGCUAGAGAGCUUCUGUAAUGUGUGUGAGUGAGAAAAAGCGAUCAUGUCAGCAUCCAAAAUCCAAUAAAAAAAACAAAAUAAAGUAAUGGGUUUUUCCUUAUGAGGCUUGCUAGGGUGGAUAUGAACAGGUUGAUAACCAUAUCAUGGGUCUCUUGUUCAUCUUUAUCUUACUAUAAUAAUAUAUCCAAGUUAAGGUUUUUAAUUUCA